CCCCGAGAUCCCACAGUGGGGCACCCCGGGACCCCACAAUGGGGCACCCCGAGAUCCCACAGUGGGGGCACCCCGAGAUCCCACAGUGGGGGCACCCCGAGAUCCCACAGUGGGGGCACCCCGAGAUCCCACAGUGGGGGCACCCCGAGAUCCCACAGUGGGGGCACCCCGAGAUCCCACAGUGGGGGCACCCCGAGAUCCCACAGUGGGGGCACCCCGAGAUCCCACAGUGGGGGCACCCCGAGAUCCCACAGUGGGGGCACCCCGAGAUCCCACAGUGGGGGCACCCCGAGAUCCCACAGUGGGGGCACCCCGAGAUCCCACAGUGGGGGCACCCCGAGAUCCCACAGUGGGGGCACCCCGAGAUCCCACAGUGGGGGCACCCCGAGAUCCCACAGUGGGGGCACCCCGAGAUCCCACAGUGGGGGCACCCCGAGAUCCCACAGUGGGGGCACCCCGAGAUCCCACAGUGGGGGCACCCCGAGAUCCCACAGUGGGGGCACCCCGAGAUCCCACAGUGGGGGCACCCCGAGAUCCCACAGUGGGGGCACCCCGAGAUCCCACAGUGGGGGCACCCCGAGAUCCCACAGUGGGGGCACCCCGAGAUCCCACAAUGGGGCACCCCGAGAUCCCACAGUGGGGGCACCCCGAGAUCCCACAAUGGGGCACCCCGAGAUCCCACAGUGGGGGCACCCCGAGAUCCCACAAUGGGGCACCCCGAGAUCCCACAGUGGGGGCACCCCGAGAUCCCACAAUGGGGCACCCCGAGAUCCCACAGUGGGGGCACCCCGAGAUCCCACAAUGGGGCACCCCGAGAUCCCACAGUGGGGGCACCCCGAGAUCCCACAAUGGGGCACCCCGAGAUCCCACAGUGGGGGCACCCCGAGAUCCCACAAUGGGGCACCCCGAGAUCCCACAGUGGGGGCACCCCGAGAUCCCACAAUGGGGCACCCCGAGAUCCCACAGUGGGGGCACCCCGAGAUCCCACAAUGGGGCACCCCGAGAUCCCACAGUGGGGGCACCCCGAGAUCCCACAAUGGGGCACCCCGAGAUCCCACAGUGGGGGCACCCCGAGAUCCCACAAUGGGGCACCCCGAGAUCCCACAGUGGGGGCACCCCGAGAUCCCACAAUGGGGCACCCCGAGAUCCCACAGUGGGGGCACCCCGAGAUCCCACAAUGGGGCACCCCGAGAUCCCACAGUGGGGGCACCCCGAGAUCCCACAAUGGGGCACCCCGAGAUCCCACAGUGGGGGCACCCCGAGAUCCCACAAUGGGGCACCCCGAGAUCCCACAGUGGGGGCACCCCGAGAUCCCACAAUGGGGCACCCCGAGAUCCCACAGUGGGGGCACCCCGACAUCCCACAGUGGGGCACCCCGGGAUCCCUGAUCCCACAACUGGGGGUGCCUAGAGACCCCCGAGCCCACAACGGGAGCCGUCCAUGACCCCUCUGAGCCCCCCAGGCACGGGGACCCCAGGGCGGGUCCCGCCUCCCUGUGCCCGCCGCCAGGGCCUGCAGUGUGACACUGGGGACGGGGACGGGAUGCUCUGGUGACCCAGUCUGCCCUCCUGCUGUUCCCAUUAUUCCCACUGUUCCCAGAGUUCCCAGGUGUUCAGUAUCUCCAGUAUCCCCGUCAUUCCCGGUGACUCCAGUAUCCCCAUUCUUCCCAUUGUUCCUGGUCUUCCCAUAAUUCUCACAAUCCCCAUUAUUCCCAUUAUUCCAGGAGUUCCCAGGAGCUCCUUAUGCCCAGUAUUCCCAGUAUCCCCAUUACUCCCAGAGUUCCCAGGUGCCCAGUGUCUCCAGUAUUACCAAUAUUCCCAGUAUCCCCAUUAUUCCCAGUGUCUUCAGUAUCCCCAUAAUUCCUGGUGUCCCCAUUAUUCCCGGUGUCUCCAGUAUCCCCGUGAUUCCCAUUGUUCCUGGAGUUCCCAGGAGCCCAUUGUGCCCAGUGUCCCAGUAUCCCCAUUAUUCCCGGCAUUCCCAUUAAUCCUGGAGUUCCCAGUGUCCCAGUAUCCCCAUCAUUCCCGUUAUUCCCAUUAUUCCUGAUGCUCCCAUUAUUCCCAGAGUUCCCAGGAGCCCACUAUCCCCAGUAUCCCCACUAUCCCCAGUAUCCCCA